AUGCAGCUACGAGUAUUCUUCUUUAUAAUCUUCUUGCAACAAACAGGUGCGGUACUGGAACUGACUAUUCAUCCACAGAGCACUAUACGGGGAGCCAAUACACUCAUCCCUUGCACAUUCCAAGUGGAUAAACUCCCUUUAAACCCCAAAUACCUGGCAAUAGCUUGGUACUUUCAAGGAGAGGAGAUUCUGAGCUAUGAUUAUAACAUAAAAACAUCACAUCCAAGGGCUUCCUUAAACACACGUACGGCAAUACAUGGGAUUGCUUCUCUGUCCCUUUCUAACGUAACAAUAUCUGACAGUGGAAUCUACAAGUGUUCAGUCAUUUAUAGUCCGGAUAAGAAAGAGAAGGAAGUGACUCUUGAUGUUUAUGCUAUCCCAAAGAUCAUAAUCACAAACAAUCUUGUUGCAAAGAAGAAUGAGAAUGUUUUAAACUGCACAAUCACCGGCUUCUACCCCAUUGAUAUUGAUAUUAAAUGGCUCAGAGACCAAGAGGUUCUGAAAUCUGUAAUUUAUUACACACCCCAGAGAAAUUCUGAUGGGACGUACUCAGUGAACAGCUCUGUCAUAAUCACACCCACCAAGGAAAAUGAAAAUCAGACCUACUCAAUCAGGGUCCUACAUGCAUCUCUCCAGAAACCUCUUCAGAAAGAUUUUCAACUUGUCUAUGGAGUGGUUCCCUCUAUUCACAUGAGAUCUACACAGCUCCAUCAAAAGGAAGAGACAACAUUAAUUUGUCAAGUAUGGGGGUUCUAUCCAGAAUCCAUUUCUGUAAAUUGGUACCUUAAUGGAGCUCUUGUGAAACCAAAAUCCAUCCAACAAUUUAAUGGUUCAUUCCUAGAGUCUGUCUACCAAUUUACACAAACAACUGAACAUCACAAGGUGGAGAUGUCAUGUGAGGUGGAACAUGCAACGCUCUCCAAACCUCUUGUAGAGAAGCUUGUGGUUCAACUGAAAGGUCAGUGGAAACUUUAUUUGCCAAAUGUAGAGGAACAUCCUUUUAUAGAUGAAACAGGAAUGUAA